AUGAAUAGAAAACAAAGACGUGCGAAGGAAUCUCACAACUCAUCUACCAAAAACGCAGACGACAUACCUCUCGCACAGCCUGACCGAAGGCCAUCGGCUCGAAGUCCAAAAACACUGAUUGAAAUCGCUGCAGAGAAGCAGGCUCAACUCGACCCGAGCGCACGCAAAUACAACAGUCAAAUCACCCCGGAGAAUAUCGUCCAGGUCGAGAUUGGCGAGGAUGGAAAUGUGAUCCCCAAUGCGGCGUUGGAGUCCCUAACUGGGCCAGUUGAGCCGCGGGACGAGACUCCGUGGCUGGAUGCGAUACUACUCACGUCCAGCCUUGCCGCCGUCCACUUCACGUUCGAGGUUUUGACGGUGCAUCAGUAUGCUCAAGAAUUGCGGUUUCCACCGAUUUUUGCGCAUACUGUGUUUACCGCGCUGCCGACGUUGAUGGUGGUGGUGAGCUUGUUUCGUGGCUUGCUGCUUCCCAUCUCGGCCAAGAAUUUCUCGAAACCGGCUCAGAGGGUUAUCAGGUUCUUGCAGCAGUGCAUCUACGUGGGAAUCGCCAAUUUGGCCGGCUGUUAUUUGAUAUAUCUCACCAACGACAGAGGAUACUACGCGGUGAUGAAGAAUGCGCCUGCUGUGGCGACUAUCUGGCUAUGGGCGAUUCUUGAGUCGGGGCUCGUUGGUGCGUUGCUGGGUGUUAUUGGCCCAGGACUAUAUGGAUGGUGGCAUGGCUAUGGACCUCUCGGAUCCGACACGCAUGACCCCGGAGAAGUCGGAGGAGAAGCAGGAACUCCCAAAUUAGGGCUUUCGGAUAUCCGACAUGAUCAUCUGGAGAUGUCGGAGAAGAUCAACAUCUCCUGGGAUCUGCGAGCCAUUAUGUCAGCACAGAGACUACCCUGGACCCUGAAAUUGUCGUUAGCCUCAAAGCUUCCGUCAAAGCUUGGCCGGCAGCAAAGCCGGUUCUGGAUUGCCAGAACUUAA